AUGAAGACGCUGGCGUGCAUCUUCCUGCUGGUGUGUUCACUGCCGCUGGACGCGACGGGCCAGGACUCGCCGGCGGACGAGCGCCUGAACGAGGUGGCAGACGACGGAGGCAACUGGCGGGUGGCCUACAAGGUCAUCUCGGACUGCAGCGACCGGCAGGAGGUGCUGCUGUGCCUCAAGAUGAAGGCGGUGGGCUUCCUGAACAAGGCGCUGGCCGCGAGGUCGCCGCUCAAGGUCACCGACUACCUGUCGCUGGGCGUGGACCGCCAGGCCGAGGAGCAGGGAGCUCUGAACGGGACGACGACGGCGGAGGCGCCGACGGAGGCCGAGCUGGAGGCGUCCCUGCCCAGGUCCCUGGGCGAGAGGAGCAGCAGCCUGGACAGGAUGCUGGAGCAGCGGGUCAACCAGUUCCUCGACACGAGGACCAUACAGCUCACGGUCCCCGCGGACGUGAUCGAAGGUCGCAAGAAGAAGGGCGGCGGCAUGAUCCUGGCGGCGGGCGCCAUGAUGGCGGGCUUCCUGGCGCACGUCUUCCUCGGCAAGAUCGCGCUCAUCGCCGGCAAGGCGCUGCUCGUCGCCAAGAUAGCGCUCGUGCUGUCCGCCGUCAUCGGGCUCAAGAAGCUGGUGGGCGGCGGCGGCGGCGGCGGCGGCGGCGAGGGCCACCAGGUGGUGUACGCCUCGGGCGACCACGGCGGCGGCUGGGGCCGCAUCGAAGGAAAAGAUUUCACCGAAGUUUCGGUCGACCUUGCAGUCGUCAUCAGGGUAGCAGAUACCUACUGA